AGAGGGGGCCCCGCCUGCGAUCCCGGAGGACUCCUCGAAGGCGGCGGGUGGAUGAUGGAUGGCCGAGAUUUCGGGCCCCCCCGCUCGGUGCACGGUCCCCCGCCGCUGCUCUCGGCGCUGGCCAUGGAGAGCCACCGGCUGGCCCCCGCCGCCGGCCGCCUGGCCCCCGCCGCCGGGCCGCUCGCCGCGGGGCUGCCGGCCGCGCUGCCGCCCGGCAAGUUCCUCGCCUCGGGCAUCAGCCUCCACUCGCACCCCGGCUUUUCCCAUCUGCCGAGCGGGCUGUACCCGUCCUACAUCCCGCUGAGCCACCUGGAGCCGCCCAGCGCCGGCAGUCCCCUCCUGGCGCAGCUGGGCCAGCACAGCCUCUUUGAGUCGCAGAAAGAUGGGUUCUACCUGUCGGGCCAUGCGGGCCAGUCGGCUCUGCACGCGCAGCCACCCCUCUCAAGGAGCGCGGGCAGCCACACGCCGAGCGCACUGCUGCGGGAGAAGGAGCUGGGGCAGCUGCACAAGAGCUCCAAAGAAAGCCUGAAAGACCCCGGUGGGAAGGAGCGGGGCUGCCGGAGCGACCUGCCCUUGCCCUUUGCCAAAAAGGAGGGCAAGGCCAAGGAGGAGCCGCGGCCGCGCAGCGUGGUGGACCUCACGCAGGACGCCAAGCCAGAGGGCGAGCGCAAGGCCAGUGUGGUGGAGAAGGUGGUGAAGGCCGGCGAGCGCCUCUCGCCCUUCCUGGCCGAGCACGCGGCGAGCCGCGGCGGCGGGGAGCCCAAGUCCAAGAACCCGCUGCAGAGCUCUUCCCUCAGCAACUGCAAUGGCGGCGGCGACGGCGCCGUGCUGAAGGCGCUGGGCGCCGAGCAGGAGCGCUGCGCCAAGGACGCCGCCCGGCACGACGAGAACGUGCGGCCGGCGGCGCACGCGCACGCCGAGCGCCUCAAGCGCGGCGAGCCCCUGCUGCCCGCCGUGGGCGCCCUGCACGUGCCCUGCGGCUGCUCGUCACCACACGCCGCGCCGCCCAAGAUGGCGCCCGCCGCCGCCUUCCCACCGCAGCCCGUCCAUUCCGGCGUCUACACCAUCUUCCCGCCGGCCAAGGAGCUGGGCAGGGAGCACAAAGUCAUCGCCCCCACCUUCGUGCCUUCGGUGGAAGCCUACGACGAGAGGAGCGGGCCCAUCCAAAUCGCCUCGCAGGCCCGCGACGCCAAGGCGAAGGACAAGGAGCUGGGCAAGGCGGGCGUGCUGCAGUCGCCUGCCGAGCGGUGCCUUGCCGAUGCCUCCCGCACGCUCCUCUCGCAGGACUUCUCUUGCCACAGCGAUGCCAAAAGGAUGGAGGCGCUGAGGGAGAAGGGCUCGGUGAUCAGGGCCACCUCCAUGGCGCUGAAGAGGCAGGUGGCUUCGGAGCCCUUCCUCAACCGGCCGGGGCUGGGCUCUCCGGAGAGCAGGGAGUUCCUGGCCUCCAAGGACUUGCUGAAGCCGAGUCCGGAGGCGGAACAUCGCCCCUGCGACCGGGAGCGCUUCCAGCGGUCCAGCUCCAAAGAUGCAGCGAAGGUCUACAGCACUUUGGACUCCUCCCGGCAGCACCUGGAGCACGGCCAGCUGAAGCCGCCCGAGCAGAAGUGGAAGCCCUUUGAGAUGGGCAACUUUGCCACCACGCAGAUGGCGGUGCUGGCCGCGCAGCACAACCACGUCAGCCGGGCGGAGGAGGAAGCCAAGAAGGUCUACCUUGACCCCAGCGGCCUGCCGCGCUCCUCCGUGGUGGGCUCACGGGGUGCCGCGGACGUCCUCCACCCCGCGUCCCACGGAGAAGGGUCGGCCAUGCAGAGCCUCAUCAAGUACAGCGGCAGCUUCGCCAAGGAGACCACGGCCCGGCAGAGCUGCGGCAAGAAGAGCCCCUUCGGUGGCCUGGGCAACAUGAAGUUGGACUCCUCGCAGCUGGGGGCCUCCAAAGUGCAGCAGCUGUUGUCGCAGCAGCCCGCGAAGCAGCUGAAGAGGGACCCCGAGAGACCCGAGAGCGCCAAGUCCUUUGGCCGCGAGAGCAUCGGCUCCCAGGGCGAGGUGGAGGUGAGGCACUUGCCCGUGGGCAUUGCUGUGGCCGUGGCCCGGCAGAAGGACAACAGCAGCAGCAGCAGCAAGCUGGGGUCCAGCCUGGCAGACCGCGAUCGCUCGCUGUCCCUCGGCAGCAUCAAAGGGCACGGACGCUCGGAGGAGGACUGUGGCGAUGAGAGGAGCCGCCACCGGGACAGCCACCUCCUGGCAGGGCGCUUGGAGCGGGAUCAGGAGAAGCUGCUCAGAGAGAGCAAGGAGCUGGCGGAUUUUGCUCGGAUCCACCCCUCGGGCUGUGCCACGAACGGCUUGAACUCCAACCUCAUGGUGACGGGAGGCCCGGCCCUGCCGGGCUCCGGCCGCUGGUCGGCAGACCCGGCUUCGCACUUGUCGGCUCAUCCCUGGCUCCCACGGACAGGGAGCCCCUCCAUGUGGCUGGCCGGCCACCCCUAUGGACUUGGCCACCCUUCCCUGCACCAGGGCAUGACUCCAGGCUUCCCCCCUGCCAUGGGGGGAGCUCUCCCCUCCGCCUACCAGUUUGCCAGAGACCCGCAGUCAGGACAGCUUGUUGUCAUCCCCAGUGAGCACUUGCCGCACUUUGCGGAGCUGAUGGAGCGGGCGCCGCCGCUGUGGCCUGCCAUGUACCCCCCGACGCGGAGCUCCCUGCAGCACGCGCACCAGCUGCAGCUCCUGUCCCACCAGCAGCUGCUGAGGCAGCACGAGCUCUACAUCCUGCAGCAGCAGGCGGCCCACGCCAUGGAGCUCCAGAGGAGCGCCCAGCUCGUGGAGAGGUUGAAAGCGAACGAGCAGCGCGCAGACAUGGAAGAGAAGGUGACAAAGCGCAGCCUGGACACCGCCAAGUCAGGCCUCUCCUCCUCUGCGCCGGGCCUGGUGCACCGCAAGCCGCCCGUGCUGUCCCCCAGCGCCUCCACGUCCUACAGCAAGGCUGUGAGUCCACCCCCCCUCUCUCCCAGGGCCUCACCCGUGUCUGUGCUCAAAGCUGAGGUGAUCCAAAAGAUGGAGGAGCCACCUUCGCAGCCAGCCUACUCCUACCCCGCCACCCCCAGCUCCCAUCCUUCCAGCCCGCCCCCCGCCUCUCCACCCCCUGCCCCUGCCAUCCCUCCAAAGGAAGAGGCGCCCGAGCCCGUGGAGAAGAAAGAGCUGGAGCUGGAAAAAGAGGCUGCCGGUCCCUUUCAGGCCUUGUUCCCAGAGAUCCCCCCGGGAUACCCGUUCCAGUCCCUGCCUCCUUCCUUCGGGAGGCACUAUCCCUACCUCCUGCAGCCCGCCGCAGCGUCCGAUGCGGACGGCCUGGCUCCUGAUGUGCCGCUGCCUGCCGAAGGCUCUGAGCACAUGGAGCUUUCUCCAGAGGUCAAGCCCAUCCACCUGUCUCCGUCCAAAAUGCUAGAGCCCAUCCAAGCAGCAGCAGAGGAGGAGUCCUUGGAAGAGAGGGUGAAGUCAGAGGUGCAGAUGGAGGAAAGUCAGGAGGACAUGUGCGAGCAGGACAUGGGCACUCUGAACAUCGCCACCUCCGCAGCCGUCCCGGUGCCCAACGUGGACAACUGCAACCUCCUCUUGCAUCAAGGUGAAGCCCUGGGUGCUAUGGAGCAGGACCAGGAAGACCUCCAGAGCUGCCCGCCCCCUUACCAGGUUGUGGCCUGCCCAGCAGAAGCAGAGGCCCAGGCAGAGGCUGGGAGCAGAGCAGAGACCUGCUCCAUGCACAUGGACUAUGAGGGCUCGCUUGUGCACGCGGAGAGUGAGCCACCCCACAUGGACUUGGCGACACAGCGGGAGGAGGCCUCGGUAUCCAUGGAUCUGCAGAGUGGGGAUGUGCCCCGUGGCAGGGAGUUUCCCAGCCUGCCCCCUGAGGAGCGGGAGCAGGGUCCGGAGAUCGCUUCCUACACGGAUGGGGAGAUCUCUUGCCAGAUGCCAGCUCUGGACAUCAAGCCGGGCGACCCGCUGGCUGGGAUGAACGCUUUGGUGGCCGCCACAGAGAUGCCCCAGGCUUGUUCCUUGCUGACUCCUGCCAGCGUCACUCCGUCCCAGGUGAAGAUGGAAGUGUUACCUGACCAGGCUUUGGAGCACUCCUUCCUGCAAGGGAUCACUUUGCUGAGCGAAAUUGCAGAGAUGGAGCUGGAGAAGCGGAAGCAGGAGAUGCAAACAGGUCCAGAGAGUUUCCCUGUCCGGCCAACACUGGAGAGUUUACUCGCUGCCAGCACCCACAUGCUCAUGGAAGUGCUUUCUACCCCCUUUAUGGAAAGUCUGAAAACCAUCCGGCUGCCUCGAGAGCUGAAUCCCAACAAAAAGUACAGCUGGAUGCAGAAGAAAGAUGAAUCCCUGUACUCCAUCAAAUCAGCCAUCGAGAACAUGGAUGCCAUGGAGCUGGACUACAGGAUGCGGCUGGCGGAGCUGCAGCGGCGAUACAAGGAGAAGCAGCGGGAGCUGGUGAAGCUGCAGCGCCGCAGGGACUCCGAGGAAAAGCAUGACGAGAAAAGUAGAAGCUUGGCGAGAAGAGGCCCUGGAAGGCCCAGGAAGAGGAAACUUGGAUCAAGCGCUCUGUCGCCCAUUAAGGAGAGAGGGAAGAGUGACAGCAAGAGUGGAAAACUGAGCAAGUCCUUGUUGCUCUCUGAAGACUCCGAGACUGGUGAGGGCAUGAAGAAGAGGCACAAAGGGGCCCUCCCUGAGGAGGAUGAUGAUGUGGACAGCAGCAGUGGCAAGAUGAAAGGGAGAAACCAGAGCUGGGAAGAGCACGAUGUGACUCCCAGCUUCUCAAAUGAGUUGAAGCUCAAGAAGAAGAAAGUGCCAUCAGAUCAGGAGCAGCUGGCCAGCAAGCUUGACAAGGCCUUGUCGCUCACCAAGCAGGACAAGCUCAAAUCCCCCUUCAAGUUUGCCGACAGCUCUGGGGGGAAGACAAAAUCGAGUGGAGGUGGCAGCAGGUACCUCCCACCCCAUGAGACCCUGCCGAGCAAGGAGGAGAAGAAGAAUCUGGCCAAGAACCUGGGCCUGUCGCUUAAAACCGCCAAGGAAGGUAAAAGCAAAGUGGCUGCCAAAAUGAAGAAGAUGGAGGUGGGGUUAAAAGUCAAAAAUCAGCUCAAGGUUUCCCAUUCACCAGCAAUAUCUGAAGUUAGCAGCUACUCCUAUAAUACGGACUCGGAGGAGGAGGGAUCGCUGAGGGACGAGUGGCCAGCACAGUCCCCGUGCGGCUCCAAGCCCAGGCCGCCUGGCCUCUACAGCGCAGCGGCCAGGAAGGGCGGCAAGGCGGCCGGCGGCCUCAAGGCAGCCGCCCGCGGGCUGGCGCCCGGCCGGACUCUCAAGGCCAAGGCGGCCGCCGGGCGGAAGCAGCCCUUUUGCUUGCUGCUGCGGGAGGCCGAGGCGGGAUCUUCCUUCAGCGACUCCUCGGAGGACUCGUUUGAUCAAGAUUCCAGCUCGGAGGAGGACGAAGAGGAGGACGAAGAGGAAGAGGAGGAGGCAGAGGGUUAUGGCACGGACGGCACCGACAGGCCUUCGUCGCCCGCCCUCGAUGAGAGCGGCCUGGGCCUGCUAGCGAGGUUUGCCGCCAGCGCCAUGCCCAGCCCCAUCGUCCCCCCGCCGCUCUCCAUCGUCCAGCUGGAGGCCAAGCAGAAGGCGAAGAAGAAGGAGGAGCGGCAGAGCCUGAUGGGGACGGAGUUCGAGUACACGGACUCAGAGAGCGAGAUCAAGAUCAGGAAGAAAUCGCCCUCAGGGCUGCUGCGGGGGAAGAAGGGGCCUCUGGACUCGAGCAGCAUCCCCCCGAGCCAGACCCCGAGCAGCCUCGACUCCGCAUCCGGGAGCACCGACAAGGCCAAGCUUGGGGCUGAGAAAGGCCGCAAGCUGAAGAAAUUCAAGUCCCCUAAGGACUUGAGCUUUGAGUUUGGACUGGAGGCCAGUGACGACGACCUGUGGAACCGGCGCCGGAGCGAGCGGAUUUUCCUCCACGAUGCCACCAUGUCCUCGGCCAUGCUGACCCCUGCGGCACCUACCAGCUCCACUCCGGUCUCCAAGCCUGGGCGCUGUGGGAAGGGGGCACCCAUGAGCCCCAAAAAGGAGGGCAGCAAGGGCAAGGAGAGGAAGGAUAUAAGCAAGCAGCGGAAGAAGGGUAAAGAAGCACCCUGCUGCUCCUCCUCCUCCUCCAUGUCACCCCCUGGCAUCCCUAGCUCCCCAUCUGACGUCCGAGUCAGCCUGGCAAGUGCCCUUGGCUCUACCAAGAAGAGCAAAGCCAAGGUGAAAACCAAGGAGGUGAAGAAAGAGAACCGAGGGAAAGGAGGAGCGGUGAGCAAGCUCAUGGAGAGCAUGGCGGCUGAGGAGGACUUCGAACCCAACCAAGACAGCAGCUUCUCGGAGGAUGAGAACAUCCCACUGAGCAUGCUGGUGGAGCGGCCACCCACACCAGCUCCCCGCUCCUGCAUAAUUGACAAGGAUGAGCUGAAGGAUGGCCUGCGUGUCCUCAUCCCCAUGGAUGACAAGCUGCUCUAUGCUGGUCACGUCAAGACAGUGCAUUCACCUGACAUAUACCGUGUAGUGGUGGAGGGCGAGAGGGGAAACCGUCCCCACAUCUACUGUCUGGAGCAGCUCUUGCAGGAAGCGAUCAUUGAUGUGAAGCCUCCUUCUGUGCGAUUCCUGCCCGAGGGCACGAGGAUUGCAGCCUACUGGAGCCAGCAGUACCGCUGCCUCUACCCGGGGACGGUUGUCCGAGGAACCCUGGAUCUGGAGGAAGAUGGUGAUCUCAUCACGGUAGAGUUUGAUGAUGGGGACACAGGACGCAUCCCGCUGUCUCACAUUCGGCUUCUGCCACCUGACUACAAGAUCCAGUGUGCUGAGCCCUCCCCAGCCCUCUUGGUGCCCAGCACCAAGCGCCGUAGCCGCAAAUCCAGCAAGGAUACUGGAGAAGGAAAAGAGGGAGCAGCGCUAGGGUCGGAGGAGACCGUGUCGAAAGGCAAAGGGCGUGGGAGAAAGCCAAGUGUCAAGGCCAAAGCUGAAGAGGCCACCUUGCCGGAAGAGAAAGAUCAGGUUGAUUCUCCGCCUGGUGCCUCUUCAGCCCCGGAGAAGCCACCCUGCCUGGGCAAACCAAGUGUGAAAGGGUCCCGAAAGUCCCAGUCGCUGCCAGCUGGAGGCUCUCCUGCCCCCACAGAGGAGAAGCGGUUGAAGGGCAGCAAAAUGAAGAUCUCCACCAAGCUGCACAGCCCUCCACAGCCCGCCUACCAGCCUGCUGUGUUCGGCAGCGUCCUGAGCGCAGAGCCCUACAGCGACCUCCCAGGGACACUGGCCGCCUUUGGCUCUGGUGACACCUCAGCAGCAAAAGCCAAGUCCAAGAAGGGACGGGCCACAGAAGAGACACAGGAGUUUGGCACCAUGGCCAAGGCUCAGAGGAAGCAUGACAGCGAAAUCCUCAUCAAACUGGACCACGAGGGCGUGAUGUCUCCGAAAACCAAGAAGAUGAAGGAGGCCAUGAGGAUGCUGGAGGACUCAAACCUGGCGAGUCGCCGGGACAGUAAGAGCCUCUUGGGGCUGGGCUAUUCCCCUGCCAUGGGUGCCGAGGGCAAGCAGAAGUCUUCCCGAGGCAAGGGAGCUGAGGGAGACCCUUGUCCUGCCAACUUUUCAGGGAAGUUUGAGGGCUCAGGUGAAAGCCUGACCGCCUCCAAGGACCAGGAGGACAAGACAGCAGCUCCAGCAGCUGUGGAGGAGUCGGAGAGCAAUAGCAGUGACAGCAGCUCGGAGUCAGAGGGCGAAGAGGAGGCCGAGAAGAACCAGGGGGAGGCCCAGGACAGCAGCUCAGCCAGCUCGAGAGCAUCCACCCCUCUCUCUUCUUCCAACUCCUCCUCCUCUUCCUCUUCCAGCAGCAGCUCUUCCUCGUCCUCCUCCUCCUCCUCUUCAUCUGCCUCAUCGACUUCCUCUUCAUCCAGCUCCAGCUCCUCUUCCUCCUCCACCACGGACGAAGACUCCUCGUGCAGCUCCGAUGAUGAGGUAGCAGAGGCCCAGCCGAGCUCCUCCGUGCAGCCGAGCCUCCCUGCCAAGCAGCCCAAGCAGGCGGGCAAAGCCCGGGCCUCCUCCCACGCGCAGAGCCAGAAGCAGCCGCCGCAGCCGGCGCCGCCGCAGCCGGCGCCGCAGCCGAGCGGCAACAAGAGCAGGCCCAAGAAGCGGGAGGGCAUCCACCUGCCCACCACCAAGGAGCUGGCCAAGCGCCAGCGCCUGCCCUCUGUGGAGAACCGGCCCAAGAUUGCUGCCUUCCUCCCUGCACGGCAGCUCUGGAAGUGGUUUGGGAAGCCCACGCAGAGACGAGGAAUGAAAGGGAAGGCCAGGAAGCUCUUCUACAAGGCCAUCGUCCGGGGCAAGGAGAUUAUCCGCAUUGGCGACUGCGCCGUCUUCCUCUCAGCGGGCCGCCCCAACCUGCCCUACAUUGGCCGCAUCCAGAGCAUGUGGGAGUCCUGGGGGAACAACAUGGUGGUCCGGGUCAAGUGGUUUUAUCACCCAGAAGAAACCAACCCUGGCAAGAAACUCAAUGAAGGCAAGCGCUGGGAUCAGAAAUCCGGCAGGAGUCUGUCCACAGCGUUGCAGGCAUCCAACCAGAGGAAGGACUUCAUGGAGCGAGCCCUCUACCAGUCCUCUCAUGUGGAUGAAAACGAUGUCCAGACCAUCUCACACAAGUGUCUUGUUGUUGGUCUGGAUCAGUACGAGCAGAUGCUAAAGACCAAGAAAUACCAAGACAGUGAGGACCUCUACUACCUUGCAGGAACCUACGAGCCCACUACGGGCAUGAUCUUCAACACCGACGGGGUCCCUGUCAUCUGCUGACUGCCCAGGGGACACGUGCCACCCCCUGGGAAAGGACGGGACAAACCUGAGGACGUGCCUGUUCAGACGACAUGAUUGUUUCUUUCAAUGCUCAUGACUUCUGAGUCACACUACAGACAGGAGAGCGCGAGAGACAGCGAGGAGGAGGAGGAGGGAGAGGGCUGGAGAAAGGCUUUGGGGAAGCAGUUACAGGACUUGGGGAAGAUGCCCUUGGGUGGUGGUGAUGCCUGAAGCCUAAGGCUCUUCUGGAAGUGACUUUAAGGUGACACUCGGCCAACUUCUCCCUUCCUCCUUUUUGGUCCUGGAAAGCACAUGGGUCUCACGAUCAUUUCACCAGCGGACCCCUCGCCAGCAGGAGGGGGUCCCUUUUGUGUCAUUUGCCCCCAUCGUUUCCCCAGAAGCUGCCUGUGUGUGGAAGGCCACGCGCCGGCCUUCUGCAUCCGCCCUUCUCCGUCCAUAUAUUCCCUUUCCUGCUCAGUUUCGCAUGAUCCUUUAGGAAGGACAGGGUGGAAGAGAAAGCAGUGAGUCUCUCUCAGCGCCUCGUCGUGAUCCUCUCAGCGCCUUUUCACAGGGCCCCUUCCCUGGCAGCCCCCCAGCACGUAUGGAGCACAAAGGAGCAGAGCACGGAGACAGCAGGAGAGCUUCUCCGGGCUGGGGGGAAAGGGAGGCAGCAUUCCCGCUGCCUGGAGCAGAAGGGCUGAAUCCUCCUUCUCCUUCCCUUGGUGUCCCUGGGGGAGCCUCCCCCUCACAAGCACACGCUGAGGGGGGGGACACUUGGUGGACAAGGAACUCUUUGGAGCAUGCAGCACCUGGGAAGAGCUGCUUCCUGAGGCUUGAAGCAGAGGAGACCACAGGCCACCGGGAUAGAAGAGAUUCCACCUUCC